CCCCCUGCCCCAGGCCGGCUCGCUGGACCCCACGCGCUGCGGGGCCGCGCACGCCCCCUUCGCCGGCCGGGACCCCGGGUGCGCGCGCUCGGCGCUUCCCCCUCCCCCUCCCCGCCCGGCGGGCGCGCGCCGCCUCCCGCUCCCGCUCCAGCUGGCGGCGGCGGCGGGGAUUGUUUUUGUUGUCGCUGAGGCCGGAAGAGCCUUGAGAGAGCCGGGUCCCGGUUCCCCGGGCCGGGCGCCGCCGCCGCCCCCUGCCCAGCGCCCGCGUCUUCGCGGCGCCGCCUCAGCGCCAAUAUUCCGGAGAGCAAGCGUUACACGGCGGCGGCGGCGGGGCCCGGAGCGGGAGGCGCCGGGGACCGGAGCGAGGCGGCCCCCGUCGCCGCCAUGGAGGCGCUGGGACCCGGACCUCCAGCCAGCCUUUUCCAGCCACCGCGGCGUCCUGGCCUUGGAACUGUUGGGAAGCCAAUUCGACUGUUAGCCAAUCAUUUUCAGGUUCAGAUCCCUAAAAUAGAUGUGUAUCACUAUGAUGUGGAUAUUAAACCAGAAAAACGGCCCCGUAGAGUCAACAGGGAGGUGGUAGACACUAUGGUACGACACUUCAAGAUGCAGAUAUUUGGGGAUCGGCAGCCUGGUUAUGAUGGCAAAAGAAACAUGUACACAGCACAUCCACUGCCAAUUGGACGUGAUAGGGUUGACAUGGAGGUUACCCUCCCAGGUGAGGGUAAAGACCAAACUUUCAAAGUAUCUUUGCAAUGGGUGUCAGUUGUGAGCCUUCAGUUGCUCUUAGAAGCUUUAGCUGGGCACCUGAAUGAAGUCCCGGAUGACUCAGUACAAGCACUUGACGUUAUUACAAGGCAUCUUCCCUCUAUGAGGUACACUCCGGUGGGCCGUUCUUUUUUCUCACCCCCCGAAGGUUAUUACCACCCUCUGGGAGGUGGCAGAGAGGUCUGGUUUGGCUUUCACCAGUCUGUGAGACCUGCCAUGUGGAAUAUGAUGCUCAACAUUGAUGUAUCUGCAACUGCUUUUUACCGGGCUCAGCCCAUCAUUGAGUUCAUGUGUGAGGUUUUAGAUAUUCAGAACAUCAAUGAACAGACAAAACCUCUAACAGACUCUCAGCGUGUCAAGUUUACCAAAGAAAUUAGAGGUCUCAAAGUUGAGGUGACUCACUGUGGACAGAUGAAACGAAAAUACCGAGUUUGCAAUGUGACAAGACGGCCAGCCAGUCAUCAAACCUUUCCUUUGCAGCUAGAAAAUGGUCAAGCUAUGGAAUGUACAGUAGCUCAGUAUUUUAAGCAGAAGUAUAGUCUGCAACUGAAAUACCCCCAUCUUCCAUGCCUUCAAGUGGGACAAGAGCAAAAGCAUACAUACUUGCCACUUGAGGUCUGUAAUAUAGUGGCAGGACAGAGAUGUAUAAAGAAGCUUACAGACAAUCAGACAUCCACAAUGAUCAAAGCCACAGCGAGAUCUGCUCCUGACAGACAGGAAGAAAUCAGUAGACUGGUGAAGAGCAAUAGCAUGGUGGGUGGACCUGACCCAUACCUGAAGGAAUUUGGGAUUGUUGUCCACAAUGAGAUGACGGAGCUCACAGGCAGGGUGCUUCCAGCUCCAAUGCUGCAGUAUGGAGGCCGGAAUAAAACAGUAGCCACACCCAACCAGGGUGUCUGGGACAUGCGAGGAAAGCAGUUUUAUGCUGGCAUUGAAAUUAAAGUUUGGGCAGUGGCUUGUUUUGCGCCUCAGAAACAAUGUAGGGAAGAUUUACUAAAGAGUUUCACCGACCAGCUUCGUAAAAUCUCCAAGGAUGCAGGGAUGCCCAUCCAGGGUCAGCCAUGUUUCUGCAAGUAUGCACAAGGUGCAGACAGUGUGGAGCCCAUGUUUAAACACCUGAAAAUGACAUAUGUGGGCCUGCAGCUAAUAGUGGUUAUCUUGCCUGGAAAGACACCAGUAUAUGCGGAGGUGAAACGAGUUGGAGAUACCCUUUUAGGUAUGGCCACACAAUGUGUCCAGGUCAAAAAUGUUGUCAAGACCUCGCCCCAAACCCUUUCCAACCUUUGCCUGAAGAUAAAUGCAAAGCUUGGAGGAAUUAACAAUGUACUUGUACCUCAUCAAAGGCCUUCAGUGUUCCAGCAGCCUGUCAUCUUCCUGGGAGCAGAUGUCACUCAUCCACCUGCUGGGGAUGGGAAGAAGCCUUCUAUUGCAGCUGUGGUGGGCAGCAUGGACGGCCACCCUAGCCGAUACUGUGCCACAGUGCGGGUGCAGACGUCUCGGCAGGAGAUUGCCCAGGAGCUCCUCUACAGUCAGGAGGUUGUGCAGGACCUGACGAGCAUGGCUCGGGAGCUGCUGAUUCAAUUCUACAAGUCCACACGUUUCAAGCCCACUCGCAUCAUCUACUACCGUGGAGGGGUGUCGGAGGGACAGAUGAAACAGGUAGCUUGGCCGGAGCUAAUAGCAAUUCGAAAGGCAUGUAUAAGCUUGGAGGAAGACUAUCGACCAGGAAUAACCUACAUUGUGGUGCAAAAGAGACAUCACACACGCCUCUUCUGUGCAGAUAAAACAGAAAGGGUGGGGAAAAGUGGCAAUGUCCCAGCAGGCACUACAGUGGAUAGUACCGUCACACAUCCAUCGGAGUUUGACUUUUACCUCUGUAGUCAUGCAGGAAUUCAGGGAACCAGCCGUCCUUCACAUUACCAGGUCUUGUGGGAUGACAACUGCUUCACUGCAGAUGAACUUCAGCUGCUGACUUACCAGCUCUGUCACACCUACGUGAGGUGCACGCGCUCAGUCUCCAUUCCUGCCCCUGCAUAUUAUGCGCGGCUGGUAGCAUUUCGGGCAAGGUAUCAUUUGGUGGAUAAAGAUCAUGACAGUGCGGAAGGCAGUCACGUGUCAGGACAGAGCAAUGGCCGGGACCCUCAGGCUUUGGCUAAGGCUGUGCAGAUCCACCACGAUACCCAGCACACUAUGUAUUUUGCCUGAGAGUCUUGGAAAAGAACUCAACCAAUUUGGCAUCCCACGCAUCCUCAAAUGUUUCAGAUGCCUACUGCCUCUAGAUAGUGCCACGUUGAUUUCAGGUGGUCCCCUACCAGCAGCUCGGAACAGUUAGUUGCACUGAAUCUGUACUUUGCAGCCCUGUCUGAUGCAUCAACAAAAUUGAGCCAUUUUUUAAAGAAAAAAAAAAAGAAAUAGAAACUCAUAGAUUAUGCUUUCUGAUGCACUGGACAAAAAUUUUACCUCAGCGUGCAAAGGCUGAUCAGCCUUGACUUUCUAAAGGACUUGUUUUCAAAGGAGGGUCUCUGUGGGAUAUUUUGCUAGCUGUGGUAUUCACCGCAUCUAGUCUUAUAAGAGGAGUAUUUCCUUUUUCCUUGUUCAUUGAGUGGGGUGUAUGCAUAAGUGGGAGAGAAAAACCAAACGACCUGUUUCAUUUCCAUGCAACUUUUUAAUUGGGUGGGCCCAUAGACUUUUUAAUGGAGAUUUCUGACUUCGCCACUGUAAAUGCCUUUAAGGAGCAUUAAUUUUUGAAAGUUUUACAGAAUUUUAUUACUUUCACUGCUUUAUCUUACUGAUCUCUUUGGGCCUGUGCUGUGGAGUGCAGGCUGCCUGGCAAUUGCACUAUAUUUGGCUGCAGAUUCAAGCAGGCAGUUCUCUUACGUGUCUGGCUUUGUGAAUGUGUGACAUAAUCAAGUGUGAUGCGUGUCACAGGGACAGAUAGCACUGCCGUGGUCAAAAGUAAAAAGUUCUCCCUAUUUGGAAAAAAAUUAGCUUUUAAUACGUUUCUAAGUUUUUUAAAGUGCCCAUUUUAUGCUGCUAUGUGGUUUGUUAGAUCUAAAUGAUUUUUAAACUUCUCUCAUAGAAAGUUAACUUUGGCAAUAAGCAUUUUUAAGGCCCCUGCCCUUUCUCCCCCAACAAGGUAGUUUUAUAGAUGAAAUUUUGGUAUGAUUUUAUCAACUAUUUCUUAAUAUAUCAUAACCUGGAUAUUCUGAAACCAGUCAGUCGAUAAAGACAUAUAUUUCCACGCCCUUUAAAAUAAUUGUUUGGUUUUUUAAACCUAUUUUAUAGUCAUAGUCUGUGACCUGUCACCUUUUUUUUCUUUUAAAAUGAGCUGGAACCAGGAUGCUUCCUGAUUAGCCAGGCUUUGCCAAUGUAUAAGGCACAUUGAGUGAUGCUGGACUUUAAAAAAAAAGUACCAGCAUGUAAAAAGCUUGUUUUCCCUGGGAAUUAAGGCUGUGCACACAGCUGCUUACAGUACAGUUCUGUUUGCGCUUCUCUCAGCCUGAAAUGUGCUUGGUGGCUUUGCCUUCCUCUUUUUCAGCUAAAACUGUGUGGAAGAAGUUGAUUUUCCCCCUUUUUCUGUAGAGUCUGGAUUCCCUCACAGGAAGACAGGACUCCUUUUCUUGUCCAGCAAAGGGAGUUGGUACAAAGCAAGCAUCAAUUAGAAACUAGGGGAAAUGGAUUCUGUAUUUAAUGUAGAUAAUACUUUGUAAAGGACAAGCGUUACAUAGUCUAGGUAGUUCCACCCAGGGUUUCCCAGCCCACAUUUUACUCUGUCCCCAAAGGGCAAGGGGUGAAAGGUAAGAGGCUCCCUGAAGAGCCACACUCCUUGAGCUGAGGAAGGAGCUGGGAAGAGACAAACACAAUAUACUGAAAACAAUUUUGUUGUCUCUAUCUAGAAACCAUUGGUGGGAAACACUGGAUCAGAUGGUGAAGGGUGUUUGUUUGAACUCAUUGAUUCAAGAUCCAAAUCUGUUAAACUAGCCUUCUCAAAAUCCCAGCAAUACAAAGCACUGGUCUCCUUCAGUCUUUUCAGCAAGCUUGUAAAUACAUUAAUGUUUACAUUUCCGUGUGCUGUUGCUCAGCAGUGCCACCAGCGUUAGCUGAACUGGUCUCUGAGAGAGUUUUUAAAUGCCCAUCGAGUACUUUAGCUCGUGAGGAUGAGUGUAGACAUCCUUAAUCUCUGCAGACAGUGGGGAAAAACAAGUCCUGUGGCUGAAGCACAACGAAGGCAGGAGUGAAGAGACGGCUGAUACUAUUUUUUCUUUUUUCUUUUUCUUUUUUUUUUUUUUUUUUGCGAAUACCUCACUUGGAUAAUACAAAUCUGGACAUGUUGAUCAAUGGCUGGCUGCCCCUUUUAUUCACACUCAUUCAGGGAGAGCACAGAAAAUACUCUUCAGCACAGCCACUCUGGAUCCAAGAGGAGGAAAAAAAAUGGGAGCUUUUUAGGAGAAUGAGGA